AUGUCCCGUCACGCAACAAUCACCCAGUCAUACCAGGAGCGAGCCUCGCUGCCCAAGACAUCACCGGUCGCCUCGUACCUCCUACGAUUGAUCGCAGCGAAGCAGACAAAUCUCUGUGUCUCGGCAGAUGUGUCGACAACCAGAGAGCUGCUGCAACUCGCCGAAGAGGUCGGCGACUCAAUAUGCAUGCUCAAGACACACGCCGACAUCAUUAAUGACUUUGGCCCUCGCACCAUCGAGGGCCUGAAAGAGAUUGCUGCCAAGAAGCACUUCCUCGUCUUCGAGGACCGCAAGUUUGGCGACAUUGGCAGUACCGUGCAAAAGCAGUUCACUGCCGGCCCUCUGCAGAUCGUUCGCUGGGCCAAUAUCAUCAAUGCCCACAUCUUCCCUGGCCCCGCCAUCAUCACUGCUCUCUCGCAAGCCGCCCACGAUGCCGUCAAGCCCCCUCUCCUCCGAAGCUUGCUGAUCCUCGCAGAGAUGAGCAGUGCAGGCAACUUGAUGACUGGCUCAUACACUGAACAAUGUGUUGUGGAAGCACGCAAGAACCCGGAGUUCGUCAUGGGCUUCAUCGCACAACGCACUCUCAAUGAGCAGCCUGGUGACAAUUUCAUCACCAUGACUCCUGGCGUCCAGAUUGGCGCCACUGGAGAUGGUCUCGGCCAACAGUACAACACUCCGGAAAAGGUCAUCGGCGAAGCUGGCACCGACAUCAUCAUUGUCGGCCGCGGUGUCUACGGUGCUCAAGAUAAGAGGGCCAAGGCCGAGGAAUACAGAGUCAGAGCAUGGAAGGCAUACGAGGGGAGAAUUGGCGCUGCUACUGCAACAAAAGGUAGCAGGUGA